CGGUGACAUGUAUUCAAUAUGUCUCCGAUUGACUGGUCCUCAAGUCAACGCUAGGAUGUCCCUGUAAUUACUGACAAUAACACGCCGGUAACACCUGCUGUACCUGUGUUUAGUAACACCUGCUGUACCUGUGUUUAUACACGGAUGUCAACACUAGUCCACGAACUGUACUCGGCUGUUAUCUGUAGAAUGGGGUAGUCCGGCCGAGUAACAAUGGCCGCUGAUAUCCCAGUGUAGACUGUCACACUCAAGUGACCUAGACACGAUUGAGGCUUUGUUUCCAAGGAGAAGAAAGAUGGCCUCCUGUCGCCAUUGGACCGUGCUUGUGGUGGUGUUCGUCCUGGAGGCAGUUGACCUUUCCUGUGAUUGGUUGUUCUACUCUCGGGUCAAGGAGAGUAGCGACUCUUACAUAGUGAACCACGGCUAUCUACACUGGGUCAUCCUUGUGGUCGCUGCUCUGGGGUCACUGACCUUUGUGUUUGAGGUCAUCAACCUCGCAAUAGAAAUGUUCACGGAGAGUGGGUCCUGUGUUUUGGCGGACACCGUGUCCAUGGUAUCUACAUGGGUGGAGGAUGUUCCUCAGAUGGGCGUGGCCCUAGCUAUCGCUGUUAACACUCGGGAGCUUGUUCAUUGGAUUCAGUAUGUCAAGGCCGGCUGGGCUGUCCUUGAGGUCACGGUGCGGGCGCUGGCCCAGUGUGUGUUCUGCUGCUCUAUCUCUAACAGAACCCAGCGGGCCAUGGACUACUUCGUGUCGCUCUCCAAGUUCCUGGCACAGAUCGUAGUGCUGGGGUGUUCUGUUGGAAUAUUCCUCCGACUGUUACAGGAAUAACCAUAAUGACCAAUGAAAAUACUCGUACCUUAUUUGGUUUCUGUCUUACUCCAGUCGUGAAAUGUCAUGAUGGCAUCACUGCAUGAUAUGUAAUUAUGUAUAUAUAUCAUAAUCAAUAUAACUGCGCGGAAAAAUGCAGUUAAUUAUUUCUAGUGUAAAGAAUGACGCCUUAAUUUUAUUUUGAUUCAAAAUAUUUUCAAUGAUAUUGGAAUUUUUUGUUUUUGUUUCAUGGCAAAUGCAUUAAAACUUUAUGCGUA